CAUGACACAUUCCCACUGAUUCCUCGUACUGAAGCGGUGCUGCUCUGACCCAUUUUAGGAGUUGGUUCCGGCUUUCUGUUCCGUUUAUCACUCAGAAACAAAGUGAAAAACUUCCGAGGGGAGACCAGGAGCGGACCGGGUCUACCUGCCGUCCUCUCGCCUCGCUUCGUUCGCUGUCUGAGGCUCAGCGGAUCAUCCAGAGACACAGAAGCUGCUUCAUUUAGAAACCACUCGUUCUCUGGAGACCGCAGGGACAGAUUUCCCCUGAGCUGAAAGCCUCUCUGCUGUUUGACUGACGCCACGGCUCCUCGGAGUAACUAUCAGGGUGAGAGCUAGCCUCCGUUGGGUCGGUGUUUUCCCGGGUGAAGCCCCGGGGAUCUCCAGCGGCAUCGGCAGCGGCGGCCAUGGCUGCAGGACGGACAGCUGUCGGGCUGCUCUUCCUGGCGUGUUGGAGCUUCCACAGCGGAGCCUCCUUCAACCUGGAUGUGGAUAAACCCUUCGUGUACUCCGGACCAGAAAGAAGCUACUUUGGCUUUUCAGUGGACUUCUUUAAAUCCCCCACUAACCUGAAAUCUGACGUUCUCAUUGGAGCGCCUCGAGCCAACACGUCGUCCUCCAGCAGUGUGGUGGAGAGGGGAGCGGUGUACAGCUGUCCCUGGAGGAGCUCCUCCAGCUGCCAGCAGCUGCAGUUCGACAACACAGAUGACAGGACUAAAGACGGCAAUCAGAUAGAGUUCAAGUCCAAGCAGUGGUUCGGUGCCUCAGUGCGAUCUGAUGGAGAACACAUCCUGGCCUGCGCUCCCCUCUACCAGUGGUCGACCUUCGGCUUCAGUGACCGGGAGCCUGUGGGAACAUGCUACCUAAAGAAGGGCGGGACAGUGGUGGAAUACUCACCCUGCAGAUCCAACUACCACACCCCGGAGGGCCAAGGUUUCUGCCAGGCUGGCUUUAGUGCAGACUUUGUUAAGAAAAACAAAAGAAGAGUGGUUGUGGGAGGACCAGGCAGCUUCUACUGGCAGGGCCAGUUGAUCUCAGAUGAGGUCUCUGAGAUUCUCGCCCGUUUCCAAAACGAAUACGUGACUCAGUACACAAACACACGUUCCACCAAAUCAGCUGGUGCCCAGUAUGACGACAGCUACCUCGGAUACUCUGUGACAGUCGGGGAUUUCAACGAGGAUGGAGAGGAAGAUUACGUGACUGGAGUACCCAGAGGGGACAAGGCACUGGGUUAUGUCAACAUCUUCAACGGGGCCAACAUGGAAUCCAUGAUUAACUUCACCGGCUCUCAGAUGGCCGCCUACUUUGGACAUUCAGUGGCUGCCUCCGAUGUUAAUGGUGAUGGUUUUGUUGAUUUGCUGGUUGGAGCCCCUCUCUUCAUGGACAGAGGCCCAGAUGGGAAACUGAGGGAAGUGGGACAGGUGUCUGUGUACCUCGGUAGAGGCGGCUUCUCAUUUCUUCAGCCUGAGCUGCUGACAGGAUCAGAGGUUUAUGCCAGAUACGGCUCUGCCAUCACAGCAGUGGGGGACCUGGACAAGGAUGGAUACAAUGAUGUGGCCAUCUCUGCUCCCUAUGGAGGCGCAGACAGAAACGGCUUGGUCUACAUCCAUAAUGGCAACGCGUUGGGGCUCAACGCUACAGCUUCUCAGGUCCUGAAGGGUAAGUGGGCGUCCAGCUACAUGCCUGCUAGCUUUGGAUAUUCCAUGACAGGAAAUACCGACAUCGAUCAAAAUGGAUAUCCAGAUUUAAUAGUUGGAGCGUUUGGAGCAGACAAAGCCAUUUUAUACAGAGCUCGUCCAGUAAUCAAUGUGAACGCUACUAUAGAAAUAACCCCCUCCAUCAUCAACUCAGAGGAAAAAUCCUGCACCAUUCCUGGUACCAGCACUGCUGUGUCAUGUUUUAAAGUGAAGUACUGUCUGGCUGCUGGCGGCGUUGGAGCUCCAUCCUCUCUGAGUUUUAGUGUGGACCUCACUCUGGAUCGCCUGAAGCAGAAGGAGGCAACCAAACGCACGCUCUUCCUGUUCAGUCAGAAGUUUCAGUACUCUAAAAAUACGACGGUGAUCAGCAACAAACUCGCCUGUGAGGAGCAGGACGUCUUUUUAAGGGAUGAUCGUGAGUUUCGGGAUAAGAUCACUCCCAUCUCCGUGGUGAUGGACUACAGUCUGGACUACCAGCUGGCUGCAGAUCAAACCGGACUGCUGCCCAUUAUCAAUAACCGGGUGCAGCAAAGCGUCAGCAGGCAGGCUCACAUUCUACUGGAUUGUGGGGAUGACAACAUCUGUAAACCUGACCUCAGGCUGUCGGUGGAGAGCGACCGUGAACAGAUCUACAUCGGCGAUGACAACGCUCUGACCCUAAAGGUGACCGCUGAGAAUCAGGGCGAAGGGGCCUACGAGGCCGAGCUCUACGUCUACCCCCCUCAGCAGGCCGACUUUACCGGGGUUGUUCGCAGUCAGGCCCUCUCCAGGCUCUCCUGCGCCUACAAGAGGGAGAAUGAGACCAAGAUGGUGGUGUGUGACCUUGGAAACCCCAUGAAGGGAGGCACUAAGAUCGUAGCAGAUUUGAGGUUCAGUGUUCACCAGCUGUCAGAGGAGGAUACUUCAAUCAAGUUUGACCUUCAGAUAGUCAGCUCUAACCAGUUUCAAAACACAAGUCCUCGAGUCUCCAAGGUCACCCAACUGGCCAUCCUCUCCAAAGUCUCCAUCAGAGGGUCGUCGUCUCCCACUCAGGUCCUGCUGCCGAUCGCCAACUGGAAACCAAAGAACCCUCCGGUGGUUGGAGACGACAUCGGACCUCUGAUUGUACACGUUUAUGAGCUGCUGAACAACGGGCCCAGUACAUUCAGCAAGGCUUCACUGUACGUGGACUGGCCUUAUCGCUUUGGGAACGGCUCUCUGCUCUACAUCCACAACUUUGAGACGGAGGGACCCAUCAACUGCACCACAGACAUGGAGAUCAACCCACUCAAUGUCUCCAAUCCGUUGACGACCAAGAAAAACACAACUGUCGUUCCGCCAAGGGAACGAGAGACGGAGGGACGUAAUCCAGUUCGUGUGAGAAAGAGAGACUUGGAGGGCAGAGAAGCACAAAGUGACCUCCAGACACUGGACUGCGGCACAGCAGAGUGUUUGAGGCUGAGAUGUCAGGUCGGUCGUCUGGAGAGGACAAAGAACGCCAUACUGUUCAUCUACUCCCGACUCGACGUCAAUAACUUCCUGAGGGCUGAGAAUCAGAAUCGUUCUUAUUUGGUCCGUUCUACAGCCUCCUUUAAUGUCAUAGAGAUGCCAUAUAAGAAUCUGAAGACAGAGCUGCCGUCCAAUUCUACCACCGUCAGUGUGUCGGUGACAUGGGCUGACACCGCCCAACCAGUACCAGGCUGGGUGGUAGCUCUGGCCGUCCUCGCAGGACUGCUGCUGCUGGGGUUGCUCAUUUUCAUCAUGUACAAGUUGGGUUUCUUCAAGAGAGUACGCCCCCCCCAGGAGGACUGCACCGAGAAGGAGCAGCUCCAGCCGGAGGAGAACGGAAACACAGACGCUUAGAGGCCGAGAUGGAAAACAAGAGAGAGAGAGUUUGGGAGAGAAGAAUUCAGGGUAAACCAGCCUCAGAGAGAAUCACUGUAAUGACUGUUUAAGGGGCAGAUAACGGUACUUGUUUGACUUCAACCCUUCUUUUGUUAUUUUAUAUUUUUCUUUUGUUGAAUCAUGUUGCAUUUGUGCCAAAAAGAGAAGCUGAAAACACUGUUCAUAUAUGAAAAUACU